UGCUUUCGAAUUCCGUUGCUGUCAGUUACUCGUGCUGAAUUGCUCAAAAUUAGGAGUUUCACAAAAACACAACUACCUUUCUCCAGGGCACAGACGACCAGGUUCGAGACAAAAAUGCAAAGUGGCCCACUCUAGGAGUCGCGAUGCUAUCAAAAAUUCUACGUAAAUAUGGCACACAGAACAUGUUCGGCAAUCACCAUCCUCAUAACACCCAUGCGAGCAAUCCGAGCUGCCCUUGGAAGUCGGGAUGCGGAUGUGGGCAAGGAUGCGUUUGUUGCGACGUCCCCGGCGAUUCGCAGCUGAUCCGCCGCGGAAUACACGACUGGGAUCGGCGCAGUGCGGCGCACCACGAGCGCCGUAAGAUCAUUCCGAAACUGGUGUAUCUGCACAAUCCGUGGAAGUACCUAGUGACCAAGUUCAAUCUGUGGAAGCUCAAGUGGCUCUGGGAUCGCGAGUUCAGCGAGCCGGACUUCUUGGAGGGCGCCAAGCAGGCGGCGAUCGUGAUGACGGACAUCAUCCGCCAGCAGAGUGCCGACAAGAUCAGCGAGUAUACGACACCGGUGGGGUUCCAGCAGAUCACCCGGGACAUGCUGCUCUCCCGCAACGACACGCGCCUCCAGCUGGUCAGGUUCGAGCGGGAGCACCUGCGCCGCGCGAUUCCCAUGAAGGUGGCUACGCGCCAGAACUUUGGCCGGAAGUACGCCUUCAUAGACAUGCUCUUUGUGGGCCUGCGGAACACCAAGGACUUUGAUACGGCCACCGAGGUGGUGGAGGUCAGUGAGAUCAUCCGCCGGAUGGACAACGAGCUUAAGACACCGCCCGAGGUCGUGGCUGUUCCGCAUCGAAUUGUUUUCGCCGAGAUCUUCAUCCGCUUCAGAAGGGACUACACGGCGGAUGCCAGAAAGGGUGUCAAUCUGAAUAGCUAUCCCUCAUUCAGUGCUCCCACAAGUGCAGAUGCAGUUGGCAGUGCAAAGCCUCUGCAGACACCCUUCAUUCAGUCGGCCCUAGAUCCCAUGAAAUCCGCCCAGAAUCCGUCCACUUCGGCUCUUCCGCAAACGGGAAGGAUCCUGCACCGCAUGGACGACGUGGGCUGGUCCGUGUCCUUCUACAAGAUCCUAACCUUCGACGUCCUCAACUACGAUCCGCAGAACAAGAGACACCAGCACCCGUCCGACGAUAAGCCUUAGUGUUAGUGAUCAGUUUGAACUCUUUGGUGGGAAAAUGUAUGAUAAAUUCCAGCUGGCAAUAAAUUGAACAAUGCAA